AUGCCCCCCGCUCAAACUCACCCAACAGUAACGCUGGGGGGACCUCGUUCCGGCGGGAGUUCAGGUUUUUUGCACAAUUUAGUCUUUGGCCCCGGUGGUGCCGCUAUCCUUGCAGGGUCGUGUGAAAUCGUCAUAUUUCACCCCUUCGACACAACGGCGAAGCGACUCAUGGCGCACCAUCACACGGUGUUUGACCCCACGUCCUUGUUGCGAACGUGGCAAAACUUUCUGCGGGUUGUGUUCGAAGGCGUUGAUAAAUAUAAACCUUCCGGGGCGCGCAUCACUUUCUUUGAUCGCGUGCGACACAUGUAUCCUGGCAGCACGUACGCGGUGGCGUACAAGGUGAUGCAGCGCUUCAUCAAAUUUGCUGGCCAGCCAUACAUGCGGGACUUUUUGGAGUACAAAUAUGGGCACUUUUUCCUUUCGGAUGCGCAGCAGCAACCGAGGCUGAAUGCCACCCACCACAAGAAGAAACACGGGCUAAUGCUGCUGGAGGCCACUGCCGGUUGCUUUGUAGGUGUCUGCGAGGUGGUUCUUCUGCCCAUUGAUCGGAUGAAAGUGUUGAACCAGACCAAUAAGGAUGCCAUUAAAAACCGCUCGUUUUUUACGAUCCUUCGUCAAGAAGGAAUUGUUAAGAUGUACGCUGGCAUCGGAACAACCGCGGUACGCAAUGCCCCAGGGUCCUUUCUCUUGUUUGGGGGUGCUGCCUGGACCAAGGACUACGUGUUUCACUUGGAGAACUAUGGCGACGCGACGCUUAUGCAGAACUUUGUAAGUUCCACGGUGGGGAGUUGCCUUGGCGUGUGGUUCACAAGCCCAAUGGAUGUUGUUAAGACACGCAUUCAAAACAAACGGUUUGGGGAGGGUCGUGUGACGGGCUGGAGUGUUGUGCGAGAAACCCUGCAACAAGAGGGGUUUAUGGCCUUUUACAAGGGCAUCUCACCGAAGCUCAUCACCACCGCCCCGCGUCUGGUAUUUUCUUACACCAUGACACAGUUUUUCAUUAAACGUUUUCGUGGGGAGAAGCCCAAGUCAUCGUCCGCGUAA